GCCUCGGGUGGGCAUCUGUCCCUGUUAUGGAUGCUGCUUCUUUCUCUCCCCCCCGAUUGUGCUGUUUUACCCCCGUCUCUGUCUGACCUUCCUCAAUCAUGACUGGUCGAGACUCUGAUAAGGGGCAUCGCUAUGUUACGGCCCUGGACAAUGCGCGUUGCCAGAACAAGUGGGAUGAAGUUCCCGAGCUGAUCCGCAAGGUGACCAAACAUGCUCCUCAGAAAACAUGUUUCCUCGAGGUAGCCAGUGCCGAGUACCAGGUGGCCUCGCACCUACAGAAGCAUCCGUCCACCCCCCGCCCUGCCUCCGCCACCGGUCUCCAUGACUUGAUCCCGACACUCCUAUCCACUGUGAACAGGGCAGAAGGACCUAAGCAAGAUGUGUUCCAGGCGCAGGUCUGCUUGGGAUGGGUACACUGGACAGUCAACGAGUUAGGCUUGGCAGUAGCUCGGUUUCCUCAUGACUUCGGAGAAACCCUGAAUGAGCUCGAGCACGCAGGGGAAGAGCUCUCGCCAUGGACAAAGACAUGUCUCGUCAAAUCCUGCUAUCUCAAGGGUUCUGCACAACGCAUGACUUCGGAUCCCUACGGCGCCUUGGAUACCCUUCAUUCACUUACACCCUGGCUGAACGGUCAGCUUCAGUCCUCUACAAACAGUCCACAGUUUCUUCACUGGUCGGAGAAAUUACUAGCUGAAGCUGCGUCACUGGCUGGCGAAGAGGCCUCCAAAGACAUUGCUGCCGCUGAUGCUCAAACGAUAGCCACUGCGUUGGGGUUCUUCAGGCUGUGGGCGUCUCAUCCUCAAGUUAAGCUAGUAGCUUUGCCCCAAGGUAUUAAUAUGGAUGGCCCCACUGAGCCCGUCUCGAGAUCACCGAUAUGGAAGUCUUACUACAAUCUUCUGUCGCAUAUCCUACAACAGGGUCUACCAUACAGCCCCCCUGCAGGUGGCCCCGAGCGCCCACAGCUUGCCAGUGAAAUUCGGCGCGUUGAGUCCCUUUGUGAAUCCAGCGUCCUGCGUGAAACAAAGUUUCCCGCGGCUGAUUCGAGCAGCCCUGAAAUUGAAGCUUGGGUCGAGCAAGUUAUCCAAAAUUGGGAGGUACUGUGCGGCUCUAAUUGGACUGAUGAAGAGCUCGGAGAAGGUGGUCAGAAUGCCGUUGGCAGAAAUGUCCUUUACCGUGCUGCAACCAAGACAUAUCACUCGCAUCUGAUUCUCCGGCGUUUGUUUCACGUGCACUGUGCACUUGCAGAUUACGAUCUCGCUCUGAGGGCGCUUGAUUCAUAUAUUGAGAUUGUCACCAGUGCCAAAGAGAGGGCAAAGAAGGCGGCCCAGUAUGGGGACCUCGAGAAUGAUGGCGUCUUGUUGCGCACUGUGUCAGAGGGUGUCACGAUGCUGAGCUGCUUUGGCUCCGAGAAGGAGGCCGAGAAAGCGAAGGAACUCACGACUCUCUUGAAAGAGUUUUCCGAGAAGCAUGUACAGGAUGAUGAAAAUGGAGAGCAGGGCAUAAUUCUUAUUGCACCCGAAACAAGCUCGACCCUAUCCCAAGCCGUUUGCCCCUCGGACAUUGCCGCAGCUUACAGGGGCAUCGGUAUUGGGCUUGCCAAUUGGGCCUACUGGACCCCGAUAAGCGAGGACCGGGAUGACAUACGGGCCGAGGCCAUUGACUAUCUCGAGAGGAGUCUGGCGCCGGAGCUUGAAGAUGAGUCCAACUGCUCCUCUCUCUAUACUCUGGCUGUUCUACUUGCGGAGAACCGAGACUUGGAUGGCGCUAUCGACUAUGUGAAGUCGGCCUUGACAUCGGACGCGCAGCAUAAGGCGGGACAGGCCGACUUUGCCCGAGAGCGGGAUCUCGUGCCUCUGUGGCAUCUGCUUGCUCUUUUAUUGAGUGCGAAGCAGGAUUUCGAUAUUGCCGAACGCUCGUGUGAAGCCGCGUUCGAGCAGUUCCCCGCUACCGUGACUUCCCUUGCUCAUAGCGACCGACGACCCCCAAAGCAAAACCAGAGUGCCCACGAUCAAAUCACGGGCAUAACUCAUGAGCUGAUUGACAAGCUGCGAGACCGCGAGAAAGAGCGCAUCAUCGAGACUCGGAUGACCCAAUUGGCGUUUGUUGAACUUGUUGAGGGCCCUGGAGCUGCUGUCAACCAUAGCGAGCAACUCCUCAGCCUAUUCGCCACUCUUUUCCACUCUCUGAACCUUGAAGGUGAUGAGAAGGGCAGCACCAAGACCGAGCACCUCGUCCCCCCGAAAAGCUCUGCUGGGACUGUGAAGAGCCUUCGCGGAAGCAUUUUCGGACGGCACAGAGGACCCCGUGGUCCUGACCGGAGGGCAGAAUUUGCCCAGGAAUCCAAGUUAGAGAGUUCUUACUCAUCUGCGUCGCAUGGGUCUUCAGCAAAUACCGAUUCAGCGCCGGCGAUACAGGUCACAGAUGGAGAAAAGCCUUCCUCUAACGACAGUCCAGCCGGUCAAUUACGCAAAAGGAGCAGUACCUUGAAGAAGGGUGAAGAUGCUCAGAAUCCGGCCGCACGUUAUGUCAACGGCGAUGUCGGGACUCAGGCUGGUCCUGGAGCUGGCGACGUAGUGUCUGGAACAUCGCAACAGCCAGGGUCCUCUCCGAACGUGGUUGGGGUCGCCGUGUCCGACGCGGCUCAGUCACAGAGCGCGAGGCAGCCAUUGCGACCUAUGGCCCAUAAUAUGAAGCACAGCCAACAGCCCCCUCCUACAGGCCAUUCCAAACAACCGCCAGAGCAAGAUAUCCGACUGCCCACGUCGUACGCGUUCGAUUCUCCCACGAGGGCUGUGACCAAAGUCCCGCCUGCCCAGGCUCAGAAGCAUGCCCUGUGCAUCUUGGUCAAGGUCUGGCUGCUUAUAGCUGGGCUGUAUCGCCGAGCGUCGUCCUUUGAAGACGCGCAUGAGGCAUGCGAGGAGGCAGCCAAGCAAGUGACACGAGUCGAGACUCUUGUUGCGUCGCAGGAGGCAUCUGCUCGAGCGUUUAGAGAGCGUGGAUGGGGUGUUCCUAAGAGCACUGAUGAGCUAUGGGCAGAUGUUAAUGCGGAGCGUGGUCUCCUGUACAACGCCCAGGCUCGUCCUCAUGAGGCGAUGGAGCGCUUCGAAGCAGCGCUUCUGCAUGACGCAGAUCAUCCGAAGGCGACGGCCGGGCUGUCGAAUCUGCUCCUCGACAUUUGGGAUCAGAAGAUGCCCUUGCAACCGCCAAAACCUAGCCUCGAUGCCGGUAUAUCAACAUUGUCUGUGUCCUCGGCAAGCAUGCCAAACAAGCCAUCAUCAGAAGACAACGUGAAGCAGUCCAAUCAAGCGGGCAGUCCGGAGGCUAAACCCCUCGCCGACUCGGACGACGAGGAUCCCCGACUCUUGAACCGUAUUGCGGCUCGUGAGCGAGCCUUUGGCCUGCUGUCCGGGCUGACCAAGCGUGGCAGUUCUUGGGACAACAGCGAGGCAUGGUAUGCCCUCUCCCGGGCGUACGAGGCGGAGGGCCAGAUCCAGAAACUGAAGGAGGUGCUGUGGUGGUGUAUCGAGCUCGAGGACCGGCGACCAAUCCGGCACUGGUCGAACAUCGGCUCUGGUAUAUACGUGCUCUGAUUCUUGUAUUUAAUCUCGUCGCAAGAGCGAUUUUGUGGCAUUUGGCAUUUGGCAUUUGGUUGAUGCGAUACCUUGGCGAUAUCCUCGUGUGAAUAAUUAGACAAUGGGCUACUGUAUAGAAAUGGCAGGUAAAUGGGGAUACUGAUUGGGAACAGGUUUGAUGGUUCAAAACGAAAAGUAGG